AUGUCACAGAAAACAACGCAGUUCUUAUGGUCUAAUACACAAAUAAAAUUAUCACGCAUAAUUACCUCAGAAAUUUCAGCACCGAAAGGUUUUGAUAAUAAACGACAAGCUUAUAACUAUGUGCGUCAUUUGUUUAUUAAGUACAAUGAUUUAUUAAAAAGACUAGACGAAGUAUACGUGACACUAUUACAUCCGCAAAAGCGUUCGAUUCUAAAAAUUCUACUCGAUGGUCUAGUUGGACGACUGAUUGAACUGAAACAGGAAAUGAUGAAGUUCGAUGGAUGUGAAUACACCUAUUUUGAAGAUAUUGCACUUAAUCAUAAUAAAACAUUGGAUGAUUUAUGCAUUCAAAUCCCACGUUAUUUCGCAGAGGAUCGUUUUCGAGCCAUUGAACAACGAAAUCAAAUGAUCAAACUAAUCCUCAAUCGUUUGGAACAAUCGAAGAAGGAUUAUCUUUCAAGAAACUCUUUAUUAAUAGCAGUAAAGUCAGAUCAGAUUGAUGCAAUUACAUUAGCUCAUGCUGUACGUGUUAUACAAGCUCACGAACGUGCUCGACAAGGACGUGUGCAGGCAUACUUCAUGCGACAAAUGAAAAAGGACGUGAAAACAGUUGAAACGAAGGCAAUCAAUGAUAAUAAUCUCGGUGACAGUUGUUUAAUUAUUCAAACUAUAUGGCGACAGAAAAGUGCAGAAAAAAGAUUUCAUCAGAGAAAACUUGAGCAUGUCAAACUGUUGGACAUGGUUUUACCUGGAAAAAAUCCCUCGAGCUUUCAUCGCACGACUGACUGGGAUCAAACCAGACGAAAUAUUCAGAUAGAAUAUCAACAAGAAUUAGACGAAGCACCAGAUCAUAUCAAACAGAAACUGAGCCAAUAUGAAGAAACAGAAAUGAAAUUUCGGUUAGAACAUGUCCUUAUUCAAUGGUUACUUGAAUCACGACAACUCUAUGGACAAUUUCCGAUCUAUCCAUCUGAAGAUAUCAACGGAUCCGCGACACUAUUCAAAAACUUAACUCUGGCGGAAGUUCAAGAAUUCGUGACUAAACAAGCACAAGCAUUGAAAAACAAGAAACCCAAGCGAAAAGAAAAGAAAAAACAGGUAAAAAGAACCAACAAGAAACCAAUUAAACAAAAAACACAGUUGAAUAUGCUAGAACCAUCAAAAUUCGUUCCGAUGAUGAAUAAUCAAUUAGGUGUUUACAAAGAUCUUUUCUAUGAACGAGAUGAAUCUUACAAUAGUGAACAACGGUACGAUCGAUUGUUAUUAAUGGAUGAGUUUCGACCGGCAGUGGAAGAAGAACUACGGCACGAUGUCGAUAAUAUUCUUCGCAAUGAAUUAGUCUAUCUGAAAUUAGCCAUUGAUAAUAGUGAAGAUAAGCCAAUGAAGAAAUCAAAAAAGAAGAAGAAGAAGAAAAGAAGGCGAAGAAAGAAGAAAGGGCAAGAUUUAGUUUCAAACCGAACACUCGAUUCAAUCUUCGAAGAACUUGCGGAAUCGAAAAUCAUUCUACCGACUGAGCUCGUUCAUCAACAUGACUUUAUCGGCGAUUAUCAGUACUCAGCGGAAACUAUACGUUUUAACCAAAAAGAACCGAUGCCAUCGUUACUCGACUGUCAGCAGCUACUUAUACAUUCUACGCAGAUAGGUUCGCAGGAAGUGCAUUCGAAUCUUGCACCACACAAAGCUAUACUUCUGGCUGGACCAUAUGGCAGUGGAAAGGAAUUACUAGUGCAUAUUACAUGCAACGAAUUAGGUGGUCUACUACUCGAUCUGUCACCUGCUAAUCUGAUGAAAUCCUUUAAUACAACUGAUGGUUUAAAAAUACUCUUCGCAAUGAUUAAACGAUUGAUACUGACAAUGCCUCCAGUUCUUUGCAUGAUUCGCGACACUGAACUACUUUUUGCAAAAAAGCUUACACAACAAGAAAAACAGUACGAACCGAAACGAUUCAAGCGUCUCAUACAGCGAUUUAUCAAACGAAUCAAACCUGGUGAGCGAGUCAUGUUCAUUGGCCUCUCAUCACAGCCAUAUCGUGCUCGAAUAAAACCUCUUUUUCAAAUAUAUCAAAAUAUUGUUCUCUUUCCGAAACCCAACUAUGGUUCCCGGCGUAAAAUUUGUUAUAAAAUUUUAGUUGAACGAAAUCAUAUGAAUAUCAGUGACGUAGAACUGAGUAUAUUGGCGUCGAUUUCAAAAGGUUAUACAGCUGGACAACUUCUCGAAGCUAUCUACAAAGUGCUCAGAAUAAAACAGGAAACUAAAUAUAUGAAUAACGAUUGUACAGCAAAGGAUUUUAUUCCGAUACUUGGCUUGAACACGCCGGUUUUUAUUGAUGAAGAAAAUAAAAUAAAAAACUGGUAUGCUAAAACGCCCAAUGGUGUUAAACGGUUGAAAGAGAUCGCUCAAACGCCGACGAAAUCAAAAAAAUCUUCGUUAAAAAAAUGA